GGACCUGGGGGACGGCACUGAGGACUGGCAGCGGCUGUACACGGCCCUCGGCCCGGCGUUCCGUGAGCGGCUCGGCGACGCCAGGGCGUCCCAGGACGACGGCCACACCGACGACAUGCUUAGGCGCUGGAUAGACCGCUGCCUGGUGCCGCUGCCGCUCCGGGCGCCGGCGGCACAGCUCGCCGCCGCCAGUCUCGUGGCUGCCCCGGAGCCGGUGAACCUGGGCGCGGGCACGAUCCUGAGGGGGUCGGCGACGGCAUGGCUCCUGGGGAAACCAGCGGAGGACGAGGCCUUCACCAGCCGGCGCUUCCCCCCCGCGCAGUUUCUGCACAAGUCGGUGCUCAUGCUGCUGCAGGAGGCCACACAGGAGGAGAGCCGUCAAUCCUGGGGCUGCUCAACGGGCCCAAGGUCGGAGAGACCUCCGACGGCAACGAGGUGCUGUUCGGCGGCCUCAACGGCCUGGGCGAGAACGGCCAGAGCACCUUCGAGGUGGCCGACGGGGAGCCUCCGCUGCGCCUGCACGGCUUCACCCUCCUCAUGCCCGGGAUCCUGGGCAAGCUGCUGAGGCUCGGGGCGCUGGAGGUCGUCCAGGGCAUGAGCGUCGACGAUCUGGCGAAGGUGCCGGCGGCCGAGCGGUGGACGGCCGCAGGCGGCCGGGUGAGCUCCUUGUUCGAGGCUUCGGCCGCGCUGUCGGGCGACGUGCAGCGCCGCAAGUGGUACAGCCGCAUGCUGGGCCUCGACAUCCAGACCCGACGGAGGCGGGCGGCGCGUGAGCCCUCGGUCGGGCUCCAGGGCGGCGGGCCCGCUCGACCUUUGGAACAGACCGUGCCGGUGCGCCGACGGAGGGCAGGGGGGGGCCUCCGGAGGUGCCUGCCCUUGCUCGUCGUCCGCCCUCCCUGCCCUCCCCUCCCUCCCUCUCGCGGCCAUCCCUUCUCGCUUCUCUCGAUGCUACCCCAGCUCCCUCGCGCGCGUUCCAGGAGGGCGCUAAGGCAGGCGGUACCGACGGAGGAGAUCUCGUGUCCCCAAAGAGUGAAAGUGCCGAUGACGAUGUCAUCGUCAUCGGCAUCGUCAUCGGAGUCUUCCCCUCUGCCGGCUGACGUUGGGCCGCCACCGAGCUCCGAGUGCCGAGCUCCCUCCCGCCCUGCUCUGUCGUGCACGAGCCGGGGGGUCCAGCUCUUGCGCCGCGCUGUCGCGGGCUCGCCCGUCUCCCGGCCACUGUCGGAUGCUACAGCCCGCCGACUCGCCCCCGCCCCCCUCUGAAAUAGCGGGGGGGCGAAAGGAAGACGAGGCGGGGCAGACUCGCCAUGAAGCAAGUGGGCCCUGAGGGAAGCGGAUCCCGAGGUGUUCACUGCUCUCGGAGUCCCAGGGCCCUCCACGGGCCCCGGGAGUCCAGGAGCAGCUGGGGGUGAAGAGCCCGUCCAGGGGGAGGGGCGUGCCGGAACUCGAGUUGAGCAGUAUAGGUGUUCGCCGCUUCUUGGUGCACGGUGAGCUCCCGCGUGGCGGUACUUGGCGCUGGCGCACUUGGGUCCUCCGUGCUCUCCGGCACCCUGCAUGGCAUCAUCAGCUCGAUCUGUUCGCGUGUGCGUGCUGCCCGCGGCAUGCCCCAUGCUGCCUCCGAGCUGGCCCGGUCCGCGCACCUCCUGGGGCCCCGGGGCCCGACCCCGACUCGGCUGCGCUGCUGUGCGCGCGGCUGCGACGCCAAAACUCACCGAGCGCUUUCCACUACUCGCAAAGUGCCC